AUGGAGGAAGAGGAUAUAAAUCAUGUCAUACUGUAUUGUUUUAGACUUCAAGAUGUUCUGCUUUCUGAGCUAACUUUCUUAAAAGAAAAUGUUGUUCAAACAGAUUUUAUACAUAUUGUGAAGAGAGUAGUUCGAAGGAACAAAGCUGGGGAAUUAGAAAAGCUAUUCUUAUGUGCUUGGGGUAUUUGGUAUAGCAGAAACCAAUUAAUUUUUGAAAAUAAACGGAUAAGUCUAGAACAAGCAAUAGAUCAUGCUCUUUUAGUUGCAAAGGAAUAUGAGUGUGCAGUAGCAGAACAACAGAUGGGUUCUAAACCUCAUUGUGGCUGGCUCCACCUACCUGUUGGUAGUCUAAAGCUAAAUAUUGAUGGGGCUCUAUUUCAUGAUCAAGGUAGAUCUAGUGUGGGGAUGAUACUACAAGAUGAAACUGGGAAUGUGCUUUUUACAACUACUAAACCCGAGCAUGAGAUUAUUGAUCAUAUGGAAGUGGAAUUGCUGGCAGUACUAAGGGGCCUACAAUUAUGUUUGCCUUUAGGAAUUCAUGACCUUCAAGUGGAAAGUGAUGCUCUUUUGGUUGUGCAAGAGCUUACAAAAGGGGAGGAGUCUAUGUCUAUUUGGGGAAGUCUAGUUCUUGAGAUUAGAAAUCUGUUACUAAGGUUUCCUAAAGUUGUAAUACAGCAUAGAGGUCGUAUGGCCAAUGCUGCAGCUGAUUGUUUGGCUAAAUAUUCAUGGCAUCUUCAUGACUUAAUGGUGUGGUGGAACUCAUUCCCUGAAGUGGUUUCACAUAUCAUUGAGCAUGAUGCCUUGUAG